AUGAGGCUGGCACCGGUGCUCUCGCCCGUGCGGACCAUUGGGCUCAUCUGCAACCGGCUGCCGGUCAGUGUAUAUGAGUACGGGACGCAGAAGUUCAUCCUGGCCGCGGCGGGUACGAGCUUCGUGGUCUACGAUGCAGAUACCCUGCGCAUCAAGUUUACCUCGCGCCUGUUCGAGUCGCCAAUUGUCGCCCUCGCCGUGGAACCUAAGACGGCGGAAUACACCUUCGUGGCCACUGCCGAUGGCAGCAUAAUAUGUCGGCACCGCCAUCAAGAUGUCUGGCUCUACCACAACGGCAACACCGUUUACUACCCAGACCUCACCCAAGACCCUACCCAGGACACCACUGAAGACCCCAACCUGGACACCACUGAAGACCCCAACCAGGACACCACUGAAGACCCCAACCAGGACCAAGACGCCUCAGAGCCGGCGUUAGGUCUGUCGGUGGCAGAUGGGUGGUUGUUGGCUUUCUACCGGAGCGGGCACGUGUUACGGUUGGCUGCGGGGACGGGUGCGGUUGCGAAGCGGUUUGCGUUGCCUGAGUUGCAGCCGUUGGGCGGUGUCUUGGGAUGUGCGGCCGCCGCCAGGUCGCUGGCCCCAGUCUCCGUUCAGGUCUUAAACUCGGUCUCGAGUUCUUUGAGUGCGCGGUACUAUAUAGGCGGUUUCGGGUCGCUGGUGGCGGAGGUGGACACGGCGACGGGGACGGUCGUGCGACGGUUACGGUCGGCUCAGCGGGCCAUAGCUUCGCGACUGGAAGGUUGGAACCGGACAUUGGCAAGCCCUAGCGUGCUCGACGAUUGGCAGGUGGAUGUGGUCGAGACGACCGACAGUCCCGCGCUGUUUGUUGCGGCCAAUUCGCGUCGUCCCGAACAUCGGCAUCUUCUUCCCGCCGUGGUCUGUCUUCUUGAUGAAGAAAACGACCAGUGUCUCGGCACCAUAACUCUUGCCCGCGAACAAGGCAGGGUGAACGCGCUCGCUUUCAAACGACGACUCGACCAAGGCAACGGUGGAGGCAAGGGCCACCCUGCCGACGGGGACGACGACCCUGCUGACGGAGACGACCCCGCCGAACGUGUGCUCCUCUACAUCGCCUGCGCAAACGGCGACAUCGUCGUCAUCGACGUUGACCGCAUGCAACUUGCGCACACUCUCAAGGGCGCACACUUGUCCGACAAGAUCUCCGCCGCGGACCACAAGACCGGCCAGUCGCCGGCGGACGCGUUGGUGGACUGCUGCAGCACAGGUGUAUGUUCAUUGCGCGCACUCUCUCCGGGCGGCACUUGCGGCUGUCUGUUCGUCAGCAGCGGCAGUGACAACAGUUUGAAGGUGUGGCACAUUGAGGACGUGGCGCACGGCGCGAGUGUGUUGAAGCAACGCGCCGCACUUUCGGGAACAGUCGCGCAACUCGCGUUUUACGACGACGGCGACGAGGCCAAACAACUCCUUGCCGCCUGCAACACCGGCGGCCCCUGCAACAUCGGCCAUCCCGGCUGUGGUGCCACGGGUGCUGGUACUGGACGUGUGGGGGAGUUGAGUUACUACCAAGUGCAGCAGCACUUCGUGUACCCAACGGAGAAGGCAUUGCGGUCGAUAAACGCAGCGCGUAAAACGUCGUUGCGCGAUUUACCACCGAUUUUGUGUCUGGCGUUUGUGCCGGAUCGGCACUAUGACUGGCCGAAUGUGGUGACAGUGCAUGCGGGGAGGCAUGAGGUGUAUCUGUGGAGUGCCGAACGGCGCUGUUUGGUGCCGGCGGUGAUGGAGAAGGUGCGGCGCGCCAUAGGAGGCGAAGAUGGAGCGGAAAAGCGCGCGGCAGAGCAGACGCUGACUAACAUGCUGACGGAGAUCGCGGAGCUCAAGGCAGACGCGACCUUCGGACGAGCACCCGCCACCGGGGUGGCUCUCUCGCAGUGCGGCCACUUCGCCGUCGUGGGCUACGCGGAUGGGACUGUUCACCAUUUCAACCUUCAGUCACGCCGACCGGUGGGCUGCUUCACAGCACACCCUCCAGACCUGGAGACAGUGGAGCAGCUCGAGGCGCUAGCCGCAGCCACGAUUCAGGAGACCGAUAGUCUCAAGGGUGCCAAAAAACGCAGAGUCAUCAAGCAAAAAAUCGCCGAACAAAAACGCCGCCGCGCACACAAAACGGAACCACCACACACCGGACCCGUGCGGUUCCUCCACACGCUACAAAGCACCACUCUCUUCACCGCCUCCGCCGCCCCCGGCGAUUUGGCGGUCAAAGUCUGGGAUCUCCGCACAAAACGGUUGCUCGACCAAGUCGACCUAGCCGCCCUUCUCCAAGGCGCCGGGAAACACCUCCGCAAAUCGCGCUGGGACGAUCUCACACAAGUCGCCAUCACCAAGGCCGUCUUCGACGGAAACGUCGCCACCAUCGCUUUUACUGGACCCGACCACACCUCUCUCGUCCUGGUCGCAGACCUUCUCCGAAAGUCGCUCUUCCGCUGCUACGGGCCCCUGGCUGGCCGAGUCCUGGACGCGAACAUAUCGCCCCUCGGCAACUGGCUGGCACUCUCCGUCACCCACGGCACCGCCGAGACGGCCGGGACGGAAGGCGAUUUGAUGAUUUACGACUUGGUGAGCAACAACUUAAUUGAGUGGAUGCGUUUCCCCUGCGCCGUGACGGCGUUCACGUUCCAUCCGUCGGGCGCGUUCGUCUUGACUGCACACGCCCCGAGCAGCAAGACACACACGUCGGGUAGCGGGGCGCAGGACCGGCUGACGGAGGCCCUCUUUCCUAAGGGCGCUGUGUACGUGUGGGCGAAUCUGGCAUUGUUCACCUCGGAGUUGCGUACGAACCAGACGGGUCGCGUCAAGCAUCCGCGGGCGGUCGAGUUACCGCCCGUUGACAUGACCCCGGAGGACGAGCCGGAGGACGAGCUGGAGGACAAGCUGGAUAUGGCGCAAGCUACGGACUGGGUCCGGCACCUACCGGACACGCCGGACGUUGACUGCCUCAAGAGCGAUCCGCGUUGGGGCCCCAUCCAACUCGGACGUUUACUUAACUGGGAGACCAUCCGUAUCGAGGCCGAAAAACCGCGUGUGGAACGCAAAGACGACGAACUACCCUUCUUCCUUUACAGCGAAGUCAAGGCAAGCAUGCCCGUCACUCAAACAGCCACCCACGACCAAGUCAAGUCUGCGGAAGGCGAUCUACCAGGCUGGGGCGACGGUGAAGACACGUGGAUGACUCAGGCGUCCUCGCCCGCGACCGCAGCCACUGUCGGCGACCAGACACCGGGACCCGGCGACGAAACGCUUGGCCACGAGAAGACUUCUCGAGAGUCCCGAGAGGAUGCGGUGAGUCUGGAAGGGUUAUUGGCGCUGAGGAUCCCGCAAAUCCAUCUACAGAUUUUGAACCUCAAAUCCGACCAAGAUCGCCUGCAGUUCCUGAAAGCGCUGGCGCACUGGUGCCAGGAGGGCGUAGCUGUGGACUUCGUGCAAGUCUUGGUCAAGCUCUUCUUCCACUACCACGGUGAGCAUCUGUUCAACACACUCUCCAAACAGCCGGUGGAACAUAACGCAGUCAAAACCGAAUAUGUCAAGCUCGUUCACGCUAUUCACACCGUCUCCUCCGCACAUUGGAACAAGCUCGGCGUCAUGCUCAAUAGACUCAUAUGCUACAUCAAACUCAUAUCUCUUCUCCAAUUCGAGUAA